GUGUCUGGAAGGCUGCACAAAGCAGAUAUUUUAAUAUGAUGAACUCUAACUACACCAGAACUGAAUCAUUUCAGAAGAUGCGAUGCACGAUGGAUUCCUCAAGCGGAGUACAGGGGCAACUAUUUUAUCUAAUAACGAUAAAUACUAUUAUAUCCGUCGUUGCCUUUCUUGGAAAUGCUCUCAUCCUGUUCGCCCUUCGUAAGGACUGUUCCCUUCAUCCGCCGUCUAAACUGUUGCUCCGUUGUCUGGCAACGACUGAUCUUUUAGUUGGUCUUAUUGCGGAACCAAGCAACGUUACCUAUCUCAUGUCUCUCCUUCAGAGUGAAUGGCACCUUUGUCGACUCUCUGCAGCCAUAUCUUUCAUUGUGGGUUACUUGUUGGGAACAGUAUCGCUGCUAGCCAUCAGUGCAAUAAGCGUGGACAGACUUCUCGCUCUCUAUUUAGGCCUGAGAUACAGACAAGUGGUAACUCUGAAGAGAACCUAUGGUCUUAUACUCAUCUUUUGGAUCGCGUGUAGUGUAGCAGCAGUAUCCUACCUGGUUACUUUCAUGAUAACCUUUUGGUAUGGCCUAAUAAUUAUGUCCUGCAGUCUAAUAAUCACGGUCUUCUCGUAUCUAAUGUUAUUCCGCACAAUUCGCCGGCACCAAUUCGAAGUACAAGAUCGUCUAUGUCAACGGCGACUGAGACAGCAAAUUCCAGUGGAUAUACCGCGGUACCCAAACGCAGUGUCUAGUGUGCUGUGGGUACAGGUGGCAUUAAUUGUUUGUUAUCUUCCGUUUGCUAUAGUUACAUCUUUGUUCAAUAAUCAUUUAUCAUCAUUUAAUGUUCUAAUCUGGGACUUAUCAGUGAUUUUGAUCUACUUAAAUUCGGCGUUGAACCCGUUUCUUUACUGCUGGAAAAUUUCUGAAGUAAAACAAGCAGUUAAAAUGACGAUCAGAGAGGCGCUUUGCUGUUUAGGCAAUUAAGGAAGGCUGUGUCUGCUCACUUCUGUUGAUUCUACUCCAAAAUUUGAACCGCUCCUCCUUACAGUAUUAGAUCGUCUAGUAAAUCCAAAGUCCGUGAGAAGGCACCUUAAGCGACGCCUAAUCAAGGGGUCGUUUGUCAAAGUAACGAAAUUCGUACCCCUUAACUGCUUUAAUUUUCACCUCUCUUAAACGGUCUUGGUCACCCUUUAUUGAGUCCCAACGGCAUGUUUGUAUUGUCACUCGAAGCGGGACCACUCAAAGAAAAUCUAUCAAGUACAAUUUUAUUCAUAUUCAUCUCCAGAAAUCAAUGUUGGUGGCAUUUAUGAGCUAUUUUUGAACACUGAGUGUUCAAUUAUAUGGUAAAAUGACGUUUUUUAUCAUUUCUUUAUAAUAAUCCUGUUCUGCGGAACCUACUAUAAGUGGUCAAUCUGUAUUAAGCGGUCAACACGCCAUUCCCCGUGGAACACCGCUUGCUACAAGCUUGACUGUACUUCUCGAUAACCUAAAGCGACAUAAGAGGUAUAUUAAAACCUCUCAUUUUAUUAAAAAGUUAGAACAUUGUUUUAAAAGUUUGUAAAACACAGUUAUUUAGGUAUAAUUUUAAUUUUCAUUCAUCCCAGUUUCUUUCGUAAUUAAUAUAUGUAGUUUUUCAUUUAGUUUCAGUAGUCUUUUUUUAUCUGUAAAUUUCUUUUCUCCCUGUCAGUGGACAUCACCUCUCUAUCGCCUCGAGGAGCCUUUAUGCUAUUAAA